AUGGAAGAAGAAUUCGGAGCAUUCCUCGGUUCUCUCCUUGCAGGACUACUCAUGCUGGUCCUCGCCAUUACGUUUAUAUGUUGCCUUUGCUGGCUCGCUCCCGACGGCCACAACCACGACGACGGGGCUGGGCCCCCUCCGGAAGGCCACCACCACGACGACAGCGCGGAGGCCCCUCCCGACAGCGCUGGGGGCACUGAUCAAGCCACGCCGCCGCACACACAUUCUAUCGAAAUGACGCCGGUGGAGGCUGCGCCGUCGACGGUGGCGUAUCCUCCACCGACGUCACCGUACGUCGAGGAAGGCGCGCCCGAUGUCGACUGCAUGAUCUGCCUCGAGAUCAUAUCAGUCGGCAUGGAGGUGAUGGUAUUCCCUUGCCAGCACUUCGUCCACCAGCACUGUGGCGCGAACCUGCUUCGCGAUGAUCGGCGUUGUCCCUACUGCCGGCAGAGUAUUUAG